AUGAGUUUCCGAACGGUACGUUGGCUCUCCUCCUCGAGGAGUAGAAAUGUGUUGGGACACAAGCCUCUCAAGUCACUCUCUUUCAAAGAAAGCUUGUCAAUAUGGUGGAAGUCAUUAUCACCAAACAGACUUGAGAUUUUGCAGAAGGAGUUGGUGGAUUUAAUGAUCCCCACCACUAAAGAGAAUUCACAUAUUCAAAAGGGGACCAAGAAAGUACAUAUUGGAGACUCAGAUCACAUCAACGAGGUGGAAUUUAAGAUUGUCAAUGGGGCACUACCAACGAAGCACUUGGUCUUUAUUCACGGUUAUGGAGCUUCGUUGGGAUGUUUUGCUCGAAAUUUCCAACUAAUUGACAAAUUCAAGUCAGAUCCAAAUUACAACUACCACGUCCACUUCCUCGACAAUAUCACAUUCGGACUUUCAUCAAAUCCAAAAAUCGACAAUGCACAAAUCAGCUGGAGAAUACCGCCCACGGCCAAGAUCAAACUCAUUGACAAUGAACCAACUACGAAAUUGUAUCGCAAAUACUACAAGCUCAUUGAGGGUUACCAAUUAGACCCAGCAAGCUUUGCUCAGUAUCGAAGUCGUUUCAAGCCAAUUCUUCAAGAUAUGGAAAAGUUUUACACCUCGGCGAUUGAGCAAUGGAGACAAGAGUCGGGUAUUCCAAAAAUUGAUUGCCUCAUUGGCCAUUCAUUUGGUGGGUACUGGAGCGCAUCAUAUGCUUUGCUUCAUCCAGAAAAAGUGACCAAUCUUAUUUUGCUAUCCCCCGUGGGCUUGGAACGUCAUGUUAUGGCAAUAACCAAUGAUGAGGUAACUGGUAACAUAGUGAAACCAGUAUUGGACCCAACUUCGUACAGGUUUCUUAGUCGAUUCCCUAUCUUGAGCAUGAAACACGUAUUGAAUUGGUAUUACAAGAUUCCCUUUUUGCCGCGCUUAUUGCCAUAUUUGGGGCCGUGGGGUGCCCAAUUCUACUUUAGAAUGUGGUUGCCAAAGUUGUCUAAAAUCAACAGGAUAGAGGUUCGAGAAGUUGGUAGUGUGAAUGAUAAGGUAUAUGGCUCACCGAAGGAGGUUAAACUUAUUGUGGAAUAUUUGUACAACUCAGCAUCCAAUGGGACCAAUAGUGACAUUUAUGUCAAAUACUUGUUAACACCAGCCACUGUAAGUAAAUGGCCCUUGUACGACAAAUUCAUCAACAAGAUGGAAACCAACCCUCGGGCCUUCACUUUUAAUACGUUUUUAUUGUACGGACAAUACGAUUUCAUGAAUUCAGAGGCAGGACAAAAGCUUGUUGAAAGAUUGAGUAAAAAGUUACCCGAUAGCAAGUUUAGAUAUGGUGAAGUCGCUGAGGGUGGCCACAAUUUGUACAUUGAUAACCCAUUUGACACCAAUAGAAAGAUAUAUGAAAUUGCGACAAAGGGGAUAUAG